GUUUAUUUGGAUGUGGUCGUUUUUGUCAUUACAAAAUGUUAUUUGGUAUUACUUAAAUGUUGAUGUAAUUGUUUGUACAAGUUAGAAAACGGUGUUAAUUAAUUAUUAUUAAUAUAAACAAGCCCGGGUUGUCACAGGUACUCCAAACAUGGAUGAGGAUGUGGCUGAAAUAGGGGGGGUAUUAAAGUCAGGGAAUGGGUGGAGUUGUCUCCAGGCCCAGCAGCCCUCACCCUAUAUAUAUUACUUAAGAUCCCUCCUGGCUCUUUCAUCCAGAGGACUGGCCGUCUGUCAGCACGAUGCCAAGCAAACCUGCACCUAUCAAGAAGUCCCCAGCCAAGGCGCCUGAGCCCAUCCCGGAGCCUGAACCGGCCCCCGUAGAGGCUCCACCUGCGGAUGCUGCACCUGUGGAAGCUGCUCCGACUGAGGCAGCUCCCGCAACCGAGGGAGAAGCAGCCCCAGCAGAGGACACCCCCGCUUCUGAAGGAGGCACCCCAGCUGCUACUCCCGCUGCUGAAGACGAUGCUGCUGCUCCUGCUGCAGAUGCUCCCGCAGACGCUGCUCCAGCAGAAGCUGCUGUCGUUGAAGAGCCGCCAAAGGCCCCGACGCCCCCACCUCCUGCAGUCCCCACCAGCGCUCCUCUGGACGUAUCUGUGGACGAUGUGACCGACUCCAGCCUCACCAUUAAAUGGAACACGCCAGAGACCAUCAGAGACUCGGGCCUGGACGGAUACACCAUCGAGUACUGCAAGGAUGGAACAACGGACUGGGUUGUAGCUCAAGAGGAGCUGACCCCAACUAACUGCUACUGCAUCAAGAAUCUCACAGCCGGUGACCUGCUGCAUGUGCGCGUGGUGGCUGUAAACCGCGGUGGCCGCAGUGAACCUGGUACACUUGCUGAGCCCGUGCCCAUCCGGGAGAUUGGUGAGCGUCCCAGGGUCCGCAUUCCCCGCAAUCUCAAAUCCUGCUAUGUCAAGCAGGUUGGAGAUCAGAUCAACCUGGCCAUCCCCUUUCAUGGAAAGCCCAAACCUGUGGUGUCCUGGCGUAAGGACGGUCAGCUUGUGGAUACAAGGGUCAACAUCAGGAACAGUGACAAGGACACCAUCAUAUUUAUCCGCCACGCUCAGAGGGAGGACUCUGGUGUUUAUGAGAUUAGCGUUAAGGUGGACAGCUUUGAGGACAAAGCCACCAUCACCCUUCAAAUUGUGGACCGGCCUGGCAGUCCUGCCAAUGUGAAGCUGUUGGACACCUGGGACUUCAACGCUGCUCUUGAAUGGACCCCUCCCAAGGAUAAUGGCAACACAGAGAUCACUGGAUACACCAUCCAGAAGGCCGACAGGAAGACCGGGGAAUGGUUCUCGGUGCUGGUGCACCACCACAGGCUCACUGCCACCAUCACAGACCUCAUCAUGGGCAACUCGUACUCCUUCAGAGUGUUCGCUGAGAACCAAGUGGGCAUCAGUGAGAUGAGCGCUGUCACCAAGGGGGUGGCCACCAUCCAUAAGACAGGUAUUGUCUACAAGCCUCCCGAGUACCCGGAGCGUGACUUCAGCGAGGCACCCAGGUUCACAACACCCCUCACUAACCGCACUGCCACUGUGGGAUACACCACCAAGCUGCUGUGCUCUGUCCGUGGAUGCCCCAAGCCUACGAUCGAGUGGUUGAAGAAUCAAGUGUUCAUUGGAAAAGACCCCAAGUUUCGUCAGAUCUCUACCCAGGGCAUUUGCUCUUUGGAGAUCCGUAAGCCCGGCUCCUUCGACGGCGGUGUGUACACCUGCAGAGCCAAGAACCAGCAGGGAGAGGCCAUGGUCUCCUGCAAGCUGCAGGUCAAACAGGUUAUUCUUCCAGAGGCUGGCAAGGAGAAGGGCAAAUAAACCAACACCCAACGCCAGAGUGUUUGAAGAGGUGAGGGUCUGUGCAGCAGUGUGUACAUAAUGAAGAAAGGGAAAGAACAACAAACCAACAUCCCCAUAUCUAUUUCCAUCCUGACUCACCCACUCCUCCCAGUACGCAGGGAAAACCCACACCUCCCAACCCAUCCGUCUGUUAAAUGUUGUAUGUUAUUUAAGUUGGUGACAUGUAUGUAAGGAUAUAUUUACAAUGUUUUCUUUCUGCCUGUGUCCAUAUGCUGUUUGUUACAGUAUAUACUCAAUAAAACAGUGAAGCCUUGGACAUGCUAUUACAAUGACUGUAUGGAUGUUUAAUA